UUAGUGUGUUGUGCCUCUCUCUUUCUCUCCCGAAGCUAGAGAAAAACUCAAUUUCUCUUACGUGAGAAACCUAAAGGGGGGAGAGAGAGAUGUUCAAAAACCUUAAUUUCUUGAUUUUUAAAUGAAACCCAGAUCCAUUCUGACCCCUAGAUUCCCUAAUUAACAUCAAUUUCUUAUCUUUUUGCUUGGAGGGAUUUUCAUUAUUGUUUUCAAUGGCUGAAUUAGGGCAACAAACGGUGGACUUUUCGAGUUUAGUGAGUCGAACGGCCGAGGAAUCUUUCAGGUCAUUGAAAGAACUCGUGGAUAAAUCUAAAUCAAGCGACCAAUCGGAUACGGAGAAGAAGAUCAAUCUCCUUAAGUAUAUAGUCAAGACCCAGCAACGGAUGCUUAGACUCAAUGUUCUGGCUAAGUGGUGUCAGCAGGUUCCACUCAUACAGUAUUGCCAGCAACUGGCAUCAACUUUAUCAAGUCAUGAUACAUGUUUCACCCAGGCUUCAGACUCAUUGUUCUUCAUGCAUGAGGGGUUACAGCAAGCUCGUGCCCCUGUGUAUGACGUUCCAUCUGCUGUUGAAGUCCUACUCACAGGAUCAUAUGAGCGGUUACCAAAAUGUAUAGAAGAUGUGGGUAUGCAAAGCUCAUUAACUGAAGAUCAGCAAAACCCGGCUUUGAAAAAGCUGGACACACUUGUACUUUCUAAGUUACUUGAAAUUACAUUGCCCAAGGAAAUUUCUGAAGUGAAAGUUGCUGAUGGUACCGCUUUGAUUCGUGUAGAUGGAGAAUUUAAGGUGUUAGUUACUCUUGGUUAUCGUGGACAUCUAUCAUUGUGGAGGAUAUUGCAUUUAGAAUUACUGGUUGGUGAGAGAAGCGGGCCUGUGAAAUUACAGGAGAUGAGGAGGCAUGUCCUUGGAGAUGACUUAGAGCGCAGAAUGUCUGCAGCAGAGAAUCCAUUUGCUACCUUAUACACGGUUCUGCAUGAGCUCUGUGUUGCACUUGUGAUGGACACUGUCAUAAGGCAAGUACAAGCACUCCGACAAGGGAGAUGGAAAGAUGCUAUACGCUUUGAGCUGAUAUCUGACGGAGGAAGUGGUGGGUCCACACAGCUGAAUCAAGAUAAUGAAUCUGAUUCAGCUGGUCUACGAACUCCUGGAUUGAAACUUCUCUAUUGGCUAGAUUUUGAUAAAAACUCAGGUGCUUCAGACUCAGGAUCUUGCCCAUAUAUAAAAAUUGAACCUGGACUGGACCUGCAGAUUAAGUGUCAACAUAGCACGUUUGUUAUAGACCCAUUAACUGGCAAGGAGGCGGUUUUCUUCCUUGAUCAAAGUUGCAUUAAUGUAGAAAAGCUGCUAUUAAGAGCUAUAUCAUGCAAUAGAUAUACUCGUCUGCUGGAAAUUCAGAAAGAGCUGAUGAAAGAUGCGCAGAUUUGUCGAGAUGCUAGUGAUGUUGUUCUCCUUUCACAGGCUGAUGAAGCUGAUAGUGAGCAUAGAAAGGAUGCUAAGCUUGACAGUAAGGAACAUGGGGGGCAGGAAUUAUUGCGAGUCCGUGCUUAUGGCUCAUCUUUUUUUACCCUUGGAAUAAAUAUAAGAAAUGGCCGCUUUCUUCUCCAGUUAUCACAAAAUAUUCUUGCACCUUCAGCAUUGUUAGAGUGUGAAGAAACUUUAAAUCAAGGAACUAUGGCAGCAGCUGAUGUUUUUACAAGCUUGCGAAGCAAAAGUAUAUUACAUCUAUUUGCCGCUAUUGGAAAAUUCUUAGGCCUCGAAGUCUAUGAACAUGGUUUUGCUGCAGUGAAAGUGCCCAAGAACCUCGUGAAUGGUUCUGCUGUACUGGUAAUGGGGUUUCCGGACUCCGGGAAUUCUUAUUUUCUCUUGAUGGAACUUGAUAAGGAUUUCAAGCCGGUGUUUAAACUGCUAGAGACUCAGCCAGAAGCAUCAGGGAAAGGUCAUUCGUUUAAUGACUUAGAUAAUGCGUUGCGCAUUAAGAAAAUUGACAUUAGCCAGAUGCAGAUGCUUGAAGAUGAAACAAAUUUGAGCAUAAUUGACUGGGGGAAGUUGGUUUCAUCUUUGCCUAAUGUUGGGAGACCAAAUCAGAUAUCUGAACGUGAUGUGUUCAACCUUGAUGGUUCUAUGCAAAAUGUUGGGGGUCCUUCAUCAAGUUUUUCAUCUAUUGUUGAUGAAGUUUUCGAAAUUGAAAAGGGGACAUCUGCAAUUCCUUUUCCUUCUCAGAGUGUCUCUCAUCUUACUUCUGUCCCGAUGAAUGUUCAUAGUGUAAAAGUAGGAACCCCCUGUCCAAAGUGGGAAGUGGGUUUGCUGGUCUCACAGCAUAAUAAUGUUGCAAAAUCAGCAGGUUCAGCUACUCAUUAUGAUGGUUCAUUGUAUCCAUCAAGUGGUCUUAAGAGCUCAUUUCACUCUGCUUCAUUUGGUUUGUUAUCAUCUGGCACAGGAAGAAUCACAUCUUUAAAGAAGCUAUCUGCUUCAAAAUUUGAGCAGGAUCUGGCUUCUCUCAGAUCUCCUCAUUCACUUGACAAUGAAGUAUUGGAUGAAGAUCAGUUGAGAUUACUAAAUGAUACUUCAAAGGAUGCACCUUCAGCAAGUAGGUCUCGGCUAUUAUCUCCACCUAGACCAACCCUUCCUCGAGUCGUUGUACAAAAUGCAAAGCCUAAUGUAUCUAGAAGCUCAUCCCCUGGAAAUCUUACUGCAGCUGUUAGAUUUUCCGGAGCAAGCCCUUUGGCUUCACCCGUCAUAUCCCAAGCAGCAGAAACUACAAUUUGUCAUGGCACUUCUCAUGAUGCUUCCAAACACGACCAGAAUCCACGAAAGCGCAAAAUUUCAAAUUUGUUGAGUUUUAUUCCCUCUCUCCAAGGUAUAGAAGUGGAUGCAGGCUUUUCUAAGAGAAGGAAAACCUCUGAUGUCGCUUGCACUCAGCUGCCUGCAUCUCAGGUGCUUAAAUCUUCGGAAAUGAUCUCUAAAUCUGAAGCAUACAGUUGUGAUAAUCUUAUAGCUGAAGCAAAUAAAGGGAAUGCACCUUCUGGCAUCUAUGUUUCUGCUCUUCUUCACGUGGUUAGGCAUUCUUCACUAUGUAUUAAACAUGCCAAACUCACUAGUCAGAUGGAGGAAUUGGACAUUCCUUAUGUUGAAGAAGUGGGUUUAAGAAAUGCAUCCUCGAAUAUAUGGUUCCGACUUCCAUGUUCCCAAGGUGAUUCGUGGCGACAUAUCUGCUUGCGACUUGGCAGGCCUGGAAGCUUGUACUGGGAUGUCAAAAUAAAUGACCAACACUUCAGAGAUUUGUGGGAACUUCAGAAGGGAAGUACUAGUACACCUUGGGGCUCUGAAAUACGCAUAGCUAAUACAUCUCAUGUGGAUUCUCAUAUUCGUUAUGAUCCGGAUGGUGUUGUUCUUAGUUAUCAUUCUGUUGAGUCAGAUAGUAUUAAAAAGUUGGUGGCGGAUAUACGAAGGCUCUCUAAUGCUAAAACAUUUUCUCUGGGGAUGUGGAAAUUGCUCGGGGUUAGAACAGAAGAAAAACCUGAAGAAGGCUGUGCAAACUCUGAUGUUAAAGCGCCUGUUGGAGGCAAAGGUGCUAUUGAGGCUGCUGAUAAGUUAUCAGAGCAGAUGAGGAGGUCUUUUAGGAUUGAGGCAGUAGGAUUAUUGAGUUUGUGGUUUUGCUUUGGAUCAGGUGUGUUAGCUCGCUUUGUUGUGGAGUGGGAAUCUGGUAAAGAAGGUUGCACAAUGCAUGUGUCUCCCGAUCAACUUUGGCCUCAUACCAAGUUUUUGGAAGAUUUCAUAGAUGGAGCUGAAGUUGCAUCUCUGUUAGACUGCAUUCGACUAACUGCAGGUCCUUUGCAUGCUCUUGCUGCUGCAACUCGGCCUGCUCGAGCUAGUCCUGCUCCUGGAGUCUCUGGGGGAUCUGGAGCUAUUUCUUCUGUGCCAAAACAGUCAGGAUACACUCCAUUUCAGGGACUUCUGCCAAGCAGUUCAACUGCAAAUGUUAAUCAGGUUGCUGCUGUUCCAGCAGGAAAUACUACUGCAUCUGCUUCUGCAAGCUCUAUGGGGAACCAUAGCCUCCAUGGGGCUGCAAUGUUAACUGCUGCUGGGAGAGGUGGUCCUGGCAUUGUACCUAGCUCACUGUUGCCCAUUGAUGUCUCCGUUGUAUUACGUGGUCCAUAUUGGAUACGCAUAAUAUAUCGCAAGCGUUUUGCAGUUGACAUGCGGUGCUUUGCUGGUGAUCAGGUUUGGCUGCAACCAGCGACACCACCUGCAGCAUCACCUGGAGGGGGAUCUUCUAUUGGAGGGUCCUUACCAUGUCCACAGUUCAGGCCUUUCAUUAUGGAACAUGUUGCCCAAGAACUAAACGGAUUAGAUUCUGGUUUCACGAGUGGCCAACAAACAAUUGGCCCAGCAAAUUCUAACAGUAUGAACUUGAGUACAGGUCCACAGCUUUCAGCAAAUGGAAAUAGAAUUAACCUUCCUACAUCUGCAGCAAUGUCUAGGGCAGCAAACCAGGUAGCGGCUUUAAACCGUGUGGGAAAUGCUCUUCCAGGAUCACCGAAUUUGGCUGUUGCGAGCACGGGAUUGCCACUACGUCGACCGCCUGGUAGUGGUGUUCCUGCACACGUUAGGGGGGAACUGAAUACUGCCAUUAUUGGGCUUGGUGACGACGGAGGAUAUGGUGGUGGAUGGGUUCCUGUUGUUGCUCUUAAGAAGGUUUUGAGGGGUAUUCUUAAAUACCUCGGAGUUCUGUGGUUAUUUGCCCAGUUACCUGAACUUUUGAAAGAGAUCCUGGGAUCAAUCUUGAAGGAAAAUGAAGGUGCACUUUUGAACUUGGACCAAGAACAGCCUGCCUUGCGUUUCUUUGUGGGAGGCUAUGUGUUUGCCGUAAGCGUCCACAGAGUUCAACUUCUUCUUCAGGUUCUUAGCGUGAAGCGCUUCCAUCACCAUCAACAGCAACAGCAGCAACAAAACAAUGCUAAUGGUCAAGAGGAAUUAACUCAGUCCGAAAUAAGUGAGAUAUGUGACUACUUUAGCCGACGUGUCGCAUCUGAACCUUAUGAUGCCUCACGUGUCGCAUCAUUCAUUACACUUCUCACAUUACCCAUUUCAGUUUUACGAGAAUUCCUGAAAUUAAUAGAUUGGAAGAAAGGAUUAGCAUUAACACAGAGUGGAGAUAUAGCUCCUGCUCAGAAACCGCGAAUUGAGUUAUGUCUUGAAAAUCAUACUGGGGUGAACAUUGGUGAUGCUUCCGAAAGUUCAUCUGCAACUAAAAGCAAUAUCCACUAUGAUCGACGUCAUAACUCUGUAGAUUUUGCUCUGACGGUUGUACUUGAUCCUGCCCAUAUACCUCAUAUAAAUACUGCUGGGGGUGCUGCAUGGCUGCCCUACUGUGUCUCGGUGAGAUUAAAAUAUUCCUUUGGUGAAAACCCUAACGUGUCAUUUCUUGGCAUGGAAGGAAGCCAUGGAGGAUGGGCGUACUGGUCGCGGCUUGAUGAGUGGGAGAAGUGCAAGCAGAGGGUGGCUCGGACGAUUGAGGUUAGCGGUUCUUCACCGGCGGAUGCAACUCAGGGAAGGUUAAGAACUGUAGCUGACAAUGUACAAAGAGCUCACUUGUGCCUUCAAGGAUUGAGCAAUGAUGGUGUUUCAAAGAUGGAUAAAAAUCCAACCCACUUCUUUUUGGCAAUUUCAAGUUCAAGUUCUAAUUGUCUCUGCUGAUUUGAUUAGGAUUUCACUGUAAAUUUGAUUAGUGUUUGAUAUAUUCACGUUAGUAGCAAGUUUUUUCUAAAAAUUUUGUACUGCUUUCUCCUUAGAAGAUCAUAAGCAUUUGGACUGUUUCUUACCUAA